CUCAGCCAACUGAAGUGCGGCGUCCAGGUGACGCAACCAGCUGUCAGCUGUUUGUGUUUUUGCUUUAUUUUUUAGGUCUACCUCUUCAAGUUAGCCGUUCAUCUUUCCUUAAAAACACGGAAUAUAAUAACUACAUGUACGAUUCUGGGUUCAGCCGGGACACGGAAAUAAACGCGCUUCAUUAGCUUUUCUUAGAACUGAAUAACUAGCGACCCAGCUAGCGUAGCUACAUCUUAUUUGUUACCGACUGGCGGACCUUCAGCUUUGAAAACGACCUCGAAGAGGGAUCGAACCGACCCCAGGCCUCCAAUCCGGGGCGGAGGGAGGGAAGGAGGUCGCUGGGAUCGGGAUGGAGAGCAAAGAAGAGGCCGGCGGACCGGACGCGCCGGGGCUGUGCUGCGCCUCCUUCAACCAGGACACCACGUCCCUGGCUGUGGGGAAUAAGACUGGAUACCGGCUCUUCUCAGUGACCUCGGUGGAUAAACUGGACUGCGUCUAUGAAAGCGCAGAAUCCCCAGAUGUUUACAUCGUGGAGCGCCUGUUCUCCAGCAGUCUGGUGGUUGUGGUGAGCCAGGCCACUCCCCGCAGGAUGAACGUCUACCACUUCAAAAAGGGAACCGAGAUAUGCAACUACAGCUACUCCAACAACAUCCUGUCCGUCCGCCUCAACCGACAGAGGCUGGUGGUGUGUCUGGAGGAAUCAGUCUACAUCCACAACAUCAAGGACAUGAAACUCCUGAAGACUCUGCUUAGCACACCACCCAACCCCUCAGGUCUUUGUGCUCUCUCCAUUAAUCAUUCUAACUCGUACCUGGCGUACCCUGGCAGUGCCACCAUCGGAGAGAUCAUCGUCUAUGACGCCAACAACCUGAACACUGUGACCAUGAUUCCAGCUCAUGACAGCCCUGUGGCAGCCGUCACCUUCAACGCCUCGGGCACCAGGUUGGCCAGUGCCUCAGAGAGGGGCACUGUCAUAAGAGUGUUCAGCAUCCCCGAGGGCCACCGGCUGCUGGAGUUCCGCAGAGGGAUGAAGAGGUACGUCAACAUCAGCUCGCUGUCCUUCAGUCCAGACAGCCAGUUCCUCUGUGCCUCCAGCAACACAGAGACUGUGCACAUCUUUAAACUGAGGGCUACACCUCCACCUCCCCAGGAGACGUCCCCCACCUGGUCGGCGUACGUGGGGAAGGUGUUCUCCGCCGCCAGCAGCUACCUCCCGGCGCAGGUGUCCGACAUGAUGAACCAGGACCGCGCCUUCGCCACCGUGCGCCUCCACGUGUUCGGCCAGAGGAACGUCUGCGCGCUGGCCACGAUCCAGAAACUUCCGCGUCUCCUGGUGGCUUCCUCUGACGGGCAGCUCUGCGUUUACAACCUCGACCCCCACGAGGGAGGAGAGUGUGUCCUCGCCAAGAGGCACAGGCUGUUUGGCUCAGAUAAGGAGCGUGGUGCGCUGGAGGAGCCCCAGCCUGACACCGCUGCUCCUGCCCAAAGCUGCCAGUCCUACGCUGCCACCGUCGCCACCUCCGGAGCCACGCCCUCCUCUGCCACUCUGACAGGUUACUCAGAAGACGGGGGAGCGAUGAAGGGUGAGAUCAUCCCAGAGCACGAGUUUGCAGCGGGACCCGUGUGUCUGGACGACGAGAAUGAGUUUCCUCCAGUGAGCAUCCAGAAUAAAUAACCCUGUGUGUGUCAGUCAGCCAAUCAAACAACCGGCCAGUCAGUCAGCCAAUCAAACAUCCGGCUAGUCUGUCAGCCAAUCAAACAACCGGCCAGUCAGUCAGCCAAUCAAACAUCCGGCUAGUCUGUCAGCCAAUCAAACAUCCGGCUAGUCUGUCAGCCAAUCAAACAACCGGCCAGUCUGUCAGCCAGCCAAUCAAACAACCGGCCAGUCAGUCAGCCAAUCAAACAACCGGCCAGUCUGUCAGCCAGCCAAUCAAACAACCGGCCAGUCUGUCAGCCAAUCAAACAACCGGCCAGUCAGUCAGCCAAUCAAACAAACAACCAGUCACUUAAUCAACCAGCUAGCCAACCUAGAAAGCCAGUCAACCUUUGGAUACCAGUUGGAUACCAAUAGGUCGGCCGGCUAGCCAAAACAAAAAAAAAAGCAGGUCAGUCAGUCAAUCUAUAAACAACUUGGUCUGUCAGUUGGCCAACCAGAGAUCCAGUCAGUCAGUCAGUCAGUCAGUCAGUCAGUCAGUCAGCCAGAGAGGAUUCUGCACAGUGCCUGAAUGCACGGCCACUUUAAAAAAGUUUUACAAAAAAAGAACGUGAAACUCCUCCUACGAGAAAAGCACAUUUGAAUUCUUACUACUUCCCCUGCCCCACACAGAACUACACACUGUUUUAUAACCUCCGGGUCUCAGCAGAUGACAUUGAAUACGGCAGAUCCAGUUAUUCAAAGUUCAUAUUCAAAAAGGCCAUAUACAAACUGCACAUUCUGUUCCUUCUCAUAAAAAGGAAGACUUGAUCGCAGUUGAAUAUCUGGUCCUGACAAGUAGUGUCACUGCUGUAGACCUUUCUGCAAAAGUGCACAAACAAUUAGUGUGCCCUUUCCAACAUUCUCCCCGCAUACAAACAGUACAGUCUCUUUAUAAUGACACAGCCCUAUUCUGUCCCUAUUGAUACAUGUUAAACCGUAUGAUGCAUAAAAUACCUGCAUAACACAUUUGCGUUCGAUCCGCUAGGAUACACCGCUAGGACCCACCGCUAGGAGACACCGCUAGGAUACACCGCUAGGAUACACCGCUAGGACCCACCGCUAGGAUACACUGCUAGGAUACACCGCUAGGAUGCACCGCUAGGAUACACCGCUAGGAUACACCGCUAGGAUACACCGCUAGGAUGCACCGCUAGGAUGCACCGCUAGGAUGCACCGCUAGGAUACACCGCUAGGAUACACCGCUAGGAUACACUGCUAGGAUGCACCGCUAGGAUACACCGCUAGGAUACACCGCUAGGAUACACCGCUAGGAUACACCACUAGAAUACACACAGAGCGAGAUAAGAAACCCACACAGCUAGGUUUGAGCUCCUUCUGAAACAGGAAGGGGAAACUACAGUCACCUGACAGGAAGGGGAAGUGAGCAAGCCCCUGGGGGUGUGGCUUCCCUUUAGACAUGAGCACAGAGCCGGAUCAGUUUCCUGACCUCCAAAAAAAAAAAAAAAAACAGGGAUGCAGCCACAUGACCGCUAAGGGUCAUUCUCUCUCAAACUGCCAUUGACUGCUUUCCAAGCAGAUCCACAUUAUAGUGUUGAUGUAUCACACAACAGUCAGUUCACCUGACAGAUUCAAACUGUGAUAUCGGGAUUAGUCCCAUACCUUCUCUUAGAGCCUUUUGAAUUAUGUAUUAUUACUGCGGCAUACGCACUCACAUACACAAACAGCACUACAUUUCUUUGACAGUGUGAAUUCAGCAGGAACUCAUUAAAGGCAGUGCAAUGCCUUGCUUAUUUCACUGGUGUUUUUAGAAGGAUUGGCUUAAAGCUUUGCAGAGAAUAGGGCCCUAUUCAUAUUAUCUCACUUAAGUGGGGGAAUCAAUUUUGUCAUUUGUCCUUUUAAAAUUAAAAACAUGUUAAAGAGCAGUAAAACAAUGUGCUUCUUUGAUGUCUUUGCAGUUUGACCAUUUAGAUUUUUAGGUAUUAAUGAAUAAAACUCCCUCAAUUCUGUAUGAGCGGCCGUAGGUCAGCUUGCCUCAUUAUUUUGUGGUGUGGCCCCCUUGGCUGCACUUCUCUCUUUAGUCACUAGGGGGAGCUGUGAGAUUUCAGUGUGAAUCUCAAUGCUUCUCCCCUCCCAGUGAUCUGAAGUUGUAAUUAAUCUCAGUGUAGUACUGUGUAGAUCCCCGGACAAAACAUUAAGACAAAAGUCAAGUAAUAAGUGAAGUAACAAUACUUUUGUCUCUGCAUCAAACAAUGUGACAAACUAACAUUUAAAAAUUGUUGAUCAACAGCAAAAACAUAUUUUUUUCAAACUGUCAGUACCCUAUAACGUCAAAUAAUCACUGCACAGAAAGCAAAGUUUUUAAAAUAAAAGCCACAGCACUUACAUGGGAUUUAUGACAAAGGCUGCUGUCUAAUAAAGGCACACCGAUUUGUUCUCAUUUCCAAAUUCUUAUUACUCCUUUAACUUAACCAAACGGGUCAGGGAAAAAAAAAUGAAUUCCAGUCCCGCAAGUUUACCCAGAUGAGAAAGCCCUCUUGACUGUCAGUGCUGUAUGGUAUGAAAUGCUCUCAGUCUGUCCAUUAUCACUGUGCGUCGUGGCAACGGAAGCAAUGAAGCUGUGUUUUGGCUUUUGGUAGAUAAAUUGGUGCCGUGACGGGACGGGGACUGGCAAAGGCCGGCGUGCGUGAGCGAGCGAGCGAGCGAACGAGUCAGGUGGAGCACAGGUGCACAGGUGGAGACCAGAUGGGGGAGGCUACACCUGUAGCCAGAAGAUUGGCUACGCAUGAGCCAGGACACUUACACAUUUCAGGGUGCUAACUAUCGUUUAACAAAAAACUAAACAAAAAAAAAAACGGAAGAAAAUUAGUUUUCAUUGAAAAGUCAGGAUUGGGUCUAUUUUGCUCAACUCCUUAAGAGAGUGUUAUACAAGUUAGGUGCAUGACUGAACUUUAACAUAGCCACGUUUUAACAUAUACUUGACCAAUAUCUUCUUAAAGGAAAUAUUGUUUUUAUUAUCAUUAUGGUAUCGAACCUUGAAAUAAGGAAUUUAACUAUUUUUAUGGGUUUUUUUUUUUUUGGUUUUUUUUUUUGUUAGUUAUCUUGAUUUUGGAUACAUGCCUAUUGUAUGUGUACUCCUCUUGUAUACCAAGUUGGUAAAUUGUUUUGUAUGUGCCUAUAAUAUCAUUUGUAACCAAAGUUGCACAAAACCCAAAAAAAAAAAGAAAUAAGUAGAAAUUGCAAUGGUAAUAAAAUAAUGAAACAGG